UCGAGGCCUAAUCACAGGAAUGUGCAGGGGAGUUGAUGGAGUUGUAAAAUCCUAGAAACUCCUUGUAUUCCUUGUGUAAGCGUGUAACAUGUUCCCUUUAAUGAAGGCGAUGCAACUAUUGUUCUCUGCAGAGCAUUGAAGAUCAGGAUAUAGUCUCUCUACUGUGUGUCCCCCUGCCUCUAUCAUUUGUUACUGGAGGUCCAGACAUUCAUUGCAUGCUCCGGUCGUCUCCUGUUUAAGAUGCUGGAGCGUUGAAUAGCAGUGGACAUCGCUUUAGCGGCUGGGCAAACGAAUGCGUGUGUGAGCUGUUGUGAAGAGCACCGUCAUUUGUAUGAGGCUGCAGAGAGUCUGUUAUCGUGAAGUGAGCUCUCUCUCCUUGUAUGACAAAGCUGUCUGCGCUUUGCCUCCAGUCCACGCUUGUGUUCUCUGUGCUGCCCUGGUUACCAGGUUGCAGUGGCUGAAAAUUGAUACCUCAUGCAAGCUGGCAUAUGAGUAUGUUUUUGAACACAUUAACCCCCAAAUUCUACGUUGCGCUGACAGGCACUUCAUCUUUGAUCUCAGGGCUUAUUCUGAUAUUUGAAUGGUGGUAUUUUCGAAAGUAUGGAACAUCAUUUAUUGAGCAAGUUUCAGUUAGCCACCUUCGACCAUUACUGGGUGGAGUUGACAACACAGCACCGAGCAAUUCCACCUCGAAUAAUGGAGACACUGACUCUAACAGACAGAGUGUAUCAGAAUGCAAGGUAUGGCGAAAUCCAUUAAAUUUAUUUAGAGGAGCAGAAUAUAAUCGGUACACGUGGGUGACAGGCAGAGAACCGCUGACCUACUAUGACAUGAAUCUUUCUGCACAAGACCAUCAGACCUUCUUCACAUGUGAGACUGAUCACUUACGGCCUGCAGACGCGAGUAAGAAGGACUGUAAGAUCGGAAACCCAGACAUUUUCAUGCAAAAAGCUUGGAGAGAGAGGAACCCACAAGCAAGAAUCUCAGCAGCACACGAGGCCUUAGAAUUAAAUGAGGGGUUUUACCGUCCACUGUUUCCGCCUCUGCAAGCAAAAAGAAGGACUCAAAAUGGAAUAAAGCUCACAAUAUGUGCGACUGCAUAUAUUCUGUUGGCUGAGGAAGAAGCCACCACCAUUGUGGAAGCAGAAAGGCUUUUUAAACAGGCUCUCAAGGCAGGAGAGGUUUGUUACAGACGCAGCCAGCAACUGCAGCACCACGGAGCACAGUAUGAAGCACAACACAGGCGAGACACAAACGUGUUAGUUUAUAUUAAAAGAAGAUUGGCAAUGUGUUCAAGAAAACUGGGAAGGACAAGAGAAGCAGUGAAAAUGAUGCGAGAUCUGAUGAAGGAAUUCCCCCUCCUCAGCAUGUUCAACAUUCAUGAAAAUUUACUGGAGGCACUUUUAGAGUUACAGGCCUAUGCUGAUGUGCAAGCAGUAUUAGCUAAAUACGAUGAUAUUAGCCUACCAAAGUCCGCAACAAUAUGUUAUACAGCAGCGCUACUUAAAGCAAGAGCAGUCUCUGACAAAUUCUCACCAGAGGCUGCAUCGAGGAGAGGGCUGAGCACUGCAGAGAUGAAUGCUGUAGAAGCAAUACACAGAGCAGUAGAAUUUAACCCACAUGUUCCCAAAUAUUUAUUAGAAAUGAAAAGUUUAAUACUCCCGCCAGAACAUAUUUUGAAAAGAGGGGACAGUGAAGCUAUCGCAUAUGCAUUCUUCCAUCUUCAACAUUGGAAGCGAGUAGAAGGAGCGCUCAACUUAUUACACUGUACUUGGGAGGGAACAUUCCGAAUGAUUCCCUAUCCAUUGGAAAAAGGUCAUCUUUUCUAUCCAUAUCCAAUCUGCACAGAGACGGCUGACAGAGAACUGCUGCCAUCGUUUCAUGAAGUUUCAGUGUACCCCAAGAAGGAGCUGCCAUUCUUCAUCCUGUUCACCGCAGGCCUGUGUUCCUUCACUGCCAUGCUGGCCCUCCUCACACAUCAGUUUCCAGAGCUCAUGGGAGUGUUUGCAAAAGCUUUCCUCAGUACGCUGUUUGCUCCAUUAAACUUUGUAAUGGAAAAGGUUGAAAGCAUCUUACCAUCCAGUCUGUGGCAUCAAUUGACACGGAUCUAGGAGAAAAGGACUUUUGAUGGACAUUACCAUGACACCUGUGCCAAGCUCAUAUCUUGCAGAGUGCAAGGCAGCAUGAAAAAGUGGAUGAAAAUCUGAGUUCAAGACUCUAUAUGUUAUGUUUUGUUCUAACGUGGACAUGUUUUAUGUUGUACCAAACAAAGUUGUUGUUGUUCUAUUUUAUUAUUUUGCCAUUAGCAAAAUUCUACAAAAAUAAAAAAAACUCAAAAAUAAAGUUUAACUUUUGUGUAAAACAA